UGAUUUUUAACUUUGUACACCCAGAACACCGGCAUCUCCAAAUCAUACAUGUUAAGCAUUUUCCCGGCAAGUUCUUAUUAAUAUGCACAUCUUCGUCACGCCCACAGUUUCAUAACUCCCCACUUCCAUAUGAAGUGCUGCUUUGGCGAAUGAGUUAUGACUUAUUUUGCCACUUCAACUCCAACGCAUCGUAUAACAUCGUUUUAGGAUUAAACUGCCCCAGGGAGACCUGGGAGUCGGUGAACUCCACAGUGAGGUUUAUAAACAAUCAAUCCGGGACUAAAGAGCAAAGUGAGAAACAGAAACCACUCAGGCUCCGGCGCCCUCUCGACCUUACAACAGAGAAGGUUUGUAUAUUCUUUAGGUUCUCAUCAUUUACUCUAUGCUCAUAGCAAAAUGCUUGCAUUCACUCUGGGCUUCUUUUUAAUCUGGUUUCUAUGCUGGUGGAUGCGAGACAAACUUAAGAUAGGAAAUGUCUCAGACAAGUAUGUGUUCAUCACUGGAUGUGAUACUGGGUUUGGAAAUCUUGCUGCAAAAGCCUUUGAUGUAGACGGAUUUCGAGUGCUUGCUGGCUGCCUGACUGAGGAAGGGGCUCAAGACUUAAAGAAAGAGACUUCAAGCAGGUUGAAAACAAUCUUGUUGGAUAUAACAAAAUCUGAUAGUAUUGAGAAUGCAACCGAUCUGAUCAAAGUAGAAGUAGGAAACCGGGGUCUAUGGGGAUUAAUAAACAAUGCUGGAAUAGCUGGAAUAUUCUGUCCCACAGAUUGGCUACAGAUUGAACAUUUCAGAAGACCUAUUGAAGUUAAUUUAUUGGGACCGAUUGAAAUUACAUUAAAGUUGUUACCUCUGAUUAAGAAAGCCAGAGGAAGAAUAGUGAAUGUAAGCAGUGUGCUUGGCCGAUUAUCAUUGACUGGUGGAGGAUACUUCCCAUCAAAAUUUGGAAUGGAAGCUUUCAACGAUAGUUUAAGGCGUGAUAUGAAGCAUUUUGGAAUAAAAGUGUCAUGUAUCGAGCCUGGGAUGUUUGUAACCAAACUGACAGAUUGCAACUUACAGCGUCAUGGAAAGCAAGAGCUCUGGGAUCACCUUUCACCUGAUCUGAAAAAGCAAUAUGGAGAAAAUUAUUUAAUACAAUCAGAUACCAGACAGGAGAAUUUAGUGAAGAAAUUAUCAAGUACAGACCUUUCCAAGGUGGUGUGGUGUAUGGAACAUGCUCUGACAGCAAAGUACCCUCGGUCCCGUUACAGUGCAGGCAUUGAUGCGAAGCUCCUGUGGAUUCCAAUGACUUACUUACCGACAUUUGCUUCAGACUAUCUGUUGGCUCAGGAUAUUGUAAUAGAUUCAACUGCUAUAUGAAAAGACCUUCACUCCAUCUUCUAAACCAACAUCACUUUAAUGGAAGUAAUGAAACUGAUAAGAAAACAUCAAAAAGAAGGAACAACUUCACACAUGCCGCCACAUUUUUCUGCAGUGAAAGAAGUGCUGUCAUAUAAACAAACUACAUGCAGGAGUGAGUCUGGAGUUUGUUUCAGGAGAUGAAAUAUGCCACUAUACUAGUACCAGAUUGCUUACAGUUGUAUUUAUGAUAAGAAAUUCCAAAUAUUUUAAUGUUUUUAAAAUUUCUUUAUAAUGUUUCAGUUUUGGUGCCAUGCAUGUGCCUCAAUCAUUCAUUUAGUAAUUUAAGUUAAACAUGAAGAGAUUCUGUAAUUUUUACUCCUGGCAUACUGUCUGUCAGAAUACUCCCAACAUGAUUGUUGCUUACCCAGUUUAGAGUGGUGCUGGAAAAGCACAGCAGGUCAGGCAGCAUCUGAGGACCAGGAAAAUUGAUCUUUCAGGCA